AUGGAGCGCUGGCCCUACGGCUGCGCGUGGCUGCUGGUGGCCGGCCGGGCGCUGCUCCAGAUGCGCCGCUCCGACCUGCGCUUGAGCCGCGCGCUGCUCGGGGCCCUGGCGCUGCUAGCCCUGCUGGACUGGCUGUGUCGCCGCCUGCUGCCCACGCUGCCCGGGGUGGUCGUGGUCGCCGGCGCGGGCUGGCUCGUGCUGUCCCGACUGGCUCGGCGGCCCAGGCUGCCCGUGGCGGGGAAGGUGGUCUUCAUCACUGGUUGUGACUCUGGCUUUGGGAAGGAGACGGCCAAAAGCCUGGAUGCCAUGGGCUUCACCGUGCUGGCCACGGUGCUGGAGCCAGAAGGCAAAGGGGCCCGGGAGUUGCGGGCCUCUUGCUCCUCCCGCUUGACCCUGUUGCAGAUGGACCUGACCAAACCUGGGGACAUCACCCGUGCUCUGGAGCUUGCCAAGGCCCAAACUGCCAACUCUGGGCUUUGGGGACUAGUGAACAACGCGGGCCACAACGACAUCGGCGACGUGGAGCUGUCCCCGGUGGACUUCCGCAGCUGCAUGGAGAUCAACUUCUUCGGGGCUCUGGAGCUGACCAAAGGGCUGCUGCCGCUGCUGCGUCGCUCCCAGGGCCGUAUUGUCACAGUGGGCAGCCCGGCAGGAGACAUGCCCUAUCCUUGCCUGGCCGCCUACGGGGCCUCCAAGGCGGCGAUGGCUUUGCUCAUGGACACGUUCCGCAGCGAGCUCCUGCCCUGGGGUGAAGGUCGCGUCAUCCAGCCCGGCUGCUUCAAGACAGCGCCCAUGGAGGACCCCGGCCUCUGGGAGCAGCGGAAGCGGCUGCUCUUGGCCAGCCUGCCCGGGGAGCUGCUGCAGGCCUACGGGGAGGACUACAUCGAGCACACGUACUGCCAGUUCCUGCGCACCCUGCGCCUGGCCGUGCCCGACCUGAGCCCCGUGGUGGAGGCCAUCACGGACGCGCUGCUGGCCGCUCGGCCCCGCCGCCGCUACUACCCGGGCCGGGGCCUGGCGCUCAUGUACUUCAUUCACUACUACCUGCCCGAGGAAAUGCGCCGCCGCUUCCUGCAGGAGUUUUUCAUCAACCACCCACUGCCCCGGGCCCUGCGGCCCCCGGCCCCGAACCAGACCCACGCCAAGUCCCAGUGAACCGGCCGCGGCCUCCCAGGAGCCCGCUGGGGAGCCACCUGCCGGGACUCAGAAGAUCGGGGUCUGAGUCUCAGUUUUGCUCCUGACUGCCCCGUGACCUUGGGCACUUCAUUUCCCCCCUCCGAGCAGUAUCCUUCUAACGAAGGAGACAGUUUGCAUUAAAUGAUCUCGAACGUCCCUUCCAACUCUAAACCCUUUGAUCUCGUGACUCAACGUGUGGGCACGGCCCAGGGUAAAUCCAGACGGCUGAGUGGCCCCUUCCACAUCCGUGGUGUCUCUAGAGCCUUCUUCCCUGCCAAACCCUCAGAAGAACUGGCGGAGGGAGGAGGGAGGAUGGGGUCCCUUCUCCUCCCAAGGGCUGUGCCUGGUAAAAUCUCAAUGAAAGGAACGUUUCCCAACGCGCCGGGAUCUGAAGGGUUAAUUCCAACCACAUCUUGGCUGGCUCAAGAUUUAGAAUCUUCUCUUAAAGCUGCA